AAAGAGGCCAGUGACCAGCAGCCACACUGGGUCUAGAACUCAAGGGUCCCGAAUCCUCCUGAAUUCCAGGUCAAAGUUCUUCUCACUCGGCUUCCCUGGCUCUGAGAUCUCGGCCUACCUGCUUUCUCUUUGUCCAGAGGUGAGGAGAUCAGGCUAACUGUGAGAUACCGUUUCUGUUCAAUGAACGUCUUGUCCUCUGUAUGUGGAAGAAAGGAAGUUUGUCUUGAAGCCCACCUCCUGAGGCUGAGGCGUGGGUGGGGCGAAGCCCAAGGAGGGCAUCCUCAGAUUUUUACUUCCUUGAUUCAUACGGUAGACUUUCGCGUUCAUAUUUUCUGCAAAAGGUCUUAGGAAGAACACAGCACAGGUGGGCUGCCAGCUCUGGGGAUGAGUAUCAGGUAGCAGAGUCCACUUCUUAUCCCUGAGCCGCCUUUGAUGCCCACUGUUGCCUGCUCUGCUCCCAUCCAUGCCUGCUUCCACCCCCUCCCACUCACUGCCCAGCCCGCUUUCCAGGCUCAGACUGUGUCCCGUGGCCGCUGGCCUCACUUCCUCUCCUGGAGUUCAAUGUUUCCAUCACAUCCCCACUGCUCAGCCUCCCAGCUGCUAUUCAGGACGUACUGUGGCUUUCAGGGCAUUUUCAUAAAUGUCACUUCAUUUAUUCCCUUCAUGACUUCCUGUGGCAGAGGUGACAGCUAUUAUGGUAACAGAAGAGGUAACUGAGGCUCAGUGAGUUGAAUAACCAGGCAAGUGGCAUCAGGGUGGCAGGCGUCCAGUUCUCAGCUCCACAUCCUGUGCUCUGCCCCAGCACUGUGUGAAUUUCCACCUGGCUGUUGGUUCCAUUCCUCUCUUCUGUUGCCAUCGUGUUGGACAAAGCCUUAUCCCUCCAAGAAACGUGUUAACAGAUGUGUAGUUUUUUGACAUUUCAGAGACUCAUACCCAGCACUUUAAACAGACCAAUGGGAUAGAUGUUCUUCGGAUCAACCUUAUGGUUGUUUGCCUCAUACACAUUUUUUUCCUUGGACAUAAGGCCAUCCACUAAGUCAAAGAAAUGAGCAGAUUUAAAAGGCAGUAUAUUAAAAUCCUAGGGGCAAAGGGAAGAGCAGAUAGGUAGAGAGGAGAGGAAGGGGAGAGGUGGGGGAAGACCCAGGCUGCCACAUUCCCAGGUCCCGCAGGUGCUGACACAGAUAUUAAAGCAGAGGCACUGGGGCUUCCUAGGUGGCACAGUGGUUGAGAAUCCGCCUGCCAAUGCAGGGGACACAGGUUCGAUCCCUGCUCCAGGCGGAUCUCACAUGCCACGGAGCAACUAAGCCUGUGAGCCACAACUAUUGAGCCCAUGUGCUGCAACUCCUGAAGCCCACACGCCUAGAGCCCGUCCUCUACAACAAGAGAAGGCACCGCAGUGAGGAGCCCGCGUACCGCAACGAAGAGCAGCCCCCGCUCAGCGCAACUGGAGAGAGCCUACGUGCAACAACAAAGACCCAACACAGCCAAUAAAUAAAUAAAUAAUAAAUUAAAAAAAAAAAAAAAAAAAGCAGAGGCGCUAAGGGUAAUCGAGUGUUUAGAGCCCAGCUUCGUGCCUUAUCUCCGUACUCCUCAUAAAACCCUGUGCAUCUGUAGGACCGCUGUCAUUCCCUUUUUACAUUUGAGAACGCACACGGAGAGGUGGGGGAGCUUGCCCAGGGUCUCACACCCGACACCUAGUGGAGUCAAGCCUGAAUGGGGGUGGGCUGGCCCCUGCCCCUACCCCAGGUUUCACUCGGUGUGUUUAGGGGGGCUUGGAGAGCCUCGAGUGUCUUCAUCUCACUCCAGGGGAGGGCGGUGACAUAUGCAGAGCCUUCUAGAAAAUGACUUCUGAUAACGUUGUCUCAGGUGCUAGUAACAGUUGAAGAGAGAUGGUUAUUUCUCUGAUGCCAUUUCUUUGAUCCCUAAAUAGAAUCUAUUUUGACUGACUUGGAAACAUGAGAGAAAGCAAAAUGUUAAGGGCGAGAGGAAACUUGUAAUAUGUUGUGUUAGAAAGGCAUAUUUUAUACAGCUUUUUCCUGAGCUGGCUUAAAAAAAAAAAAAUCAAAUAAGUAAGUGCCAAAUCUGUUGACUAAGCAUCACAAAAGUUUAGGACCGAAGGCUUCCUUAUGGUUUGAAAAUUUUACAUUUCACAUUCCAAAGUUCACCAGGGACGUGUUAGGCGCCGCACGUAAUGUUUCCUCUGCAUACGCCAGCAGUGUUUUUGAAAGUGUAUAAACUGGCCGGGAAGCAUUUGCCGCUGAAACUUGGCCCAAAGAUGAUCUCCCCCCAAUCCUUCAGUUUGUUCCAAACUACUUAGACGUUGAAUUUUAGAGAGAAGAGGGAGCUGCACAAAAUAUUGUAGUAACUAUUGGCCCGUAAGCAAGUCUCACUUAGAAUCUUUCCUGCUAAAGGUGUUUUCCAAGUUCCUUAAGAAUAAGACUAUGGAGGAGAAAGUGGGUCUGAAGCAGGGAAGGUCAGAUUGUUUCUCAGGGCUGUGAUCUCUUCUUGAUCACAGUUCACUCUGUUCUGGCUGCAUCGCCUUUGGAGUCUGGGAGAAGCCUGAGCAGCUAACUCCCCAGGAGGGGCAAAACCCACAUAUUGUGUUAGAACCUAAGGCUUUUCACAUACGUUUAGAAAUAAGAUGACAACAUAAAGGGGCCAGCCCGUCAUCAUUUUUCUGAACUUCUUGACCUGAUCAAGUAAUCAUGAUAUUUUCAAGUUGGCAGGAACCUUUGAGAAGGGCCUAGGGAAUGCUGCAGCAGUAUUCCUCAGCCUGUGAGCCAAGAACGGUGUCCGGGAUGUGCUCUGGGGCUUGUAGAACAGGCUGAUGCCUUGGUUUUACUCCAGGCCACUGAGCUAGAUUCUCUAAGGGUGGGGCCUGGGAAUCUGCCUUUAUCAUAAGCUUUCAGGGAAAUGCGGUGUGGAGUGAGUACAAGAGCCGGUCUGCCAGUGAAUCUAGUCUCCCUGUUGUGAUUUAUAUGCCACUUCUGCUUAAAUUCUUUGGCCUCAUCCUAGCAUCUCCUAGGAAUCACUGUUCUAACCCUUCUGCUUUGAAAGCCCUUUCGCUUUUAUCCCCUUGUGUCUCUGUGCAGUAUUCCUACCUGUGGCGUGUCUGGCUCCCUUCUGGGUGGGUCGGGACCUGCCCACUCAUCUCGUGUCCUCAGCACCUGGCACCGCGCCUGAAACAGCCAUGGAGUGAUUUUGCUGUUCUGAAUGGGGGAAAGAUUAAUAGUGACAUUUGGAAGGAUCUGCAUGCGGCCACAGUCAACCCGGACCCCAGUUUAAAAGAGUUUGAAGGAGCAACACUCCGUUAUGCAUCCUUGAAACUCAGAAACGCCCCACAUGCUGAUGAUGGUGAUUCUUGUAGCAUCAACAGUGACCCAGAAGCUAAGUGCUUUGCUGUGCGCUCUCUGGGGUGGGUGGAGAUGGCAGAGGAGGACCUCGCCCCUGGCAAGAGCAGUGUUGCCGUCAACAACUGCAUCAGGCAGCUUUCUUACUGCAAAAAUGACAUCCGAGAUACAGUCGGCAUUUGGGGAGAGGGGAAGGACAUGUACCUGGUCCUGGAGAACGACACGCUGAGCCUGGUGGACCCCAUGGACCGCAGCGUGCUCCACGCGCAGCCCAUCGUCAGCAUCCGCGUGUGGGGCGUGGGCCGCGACAACGGCCGAGAUUUUGCUUAUGUAGCAAGAGACAAAGACACAAGAAUUUUGAAAUGUCAUGUAUUUCGAUGUGACACACCAGCAAAAGCCAUUGCCACAAGUCUCCACGAAAUCUGUUCCAAGAUUAUGGCCGAACGGAAGCAUGCCAAAGCCCUGGCCUGCAGCUCCCUCCAGGAAAGGGCCCACGUGAACCUCGACGUUCCCCUGCAAGUAGAUUUUCCAACACCAAAGACUGAGCUGGUCCAGAAGUUCCACGUGCAGUACUUGGGCAUGCUACCUGUAGACAGACCGGUCGGAAUGGAUACCCUGAACAGUGCCAUAGAAAGUCUCAUGACCUCGUCCAGCAAGGAGGACUGGCCAUCGGUGAACAUGAAUGUGGCCGACGCUACUGUGACUGUCAUCAGUGAGAAGAAUGAAGAGGAGAUCCUGGUGGAGUGUCGGGUGCGAUUCCUGUCCUUCAUGGGUGUCGGGAAGGAUGUGCAUACGUUUGCCUUCAUCAUGGACACCGGGAACCAGCACUUCGAGUGCCACGUUUUCUGGUGCGAGCCUAAUGCCGGUAACGUGUCCGAGGCGGUGCAGGCCGCCUGCAUGUUACGAUACCAGAAGUGCUUGGUAGCCAGGCCGCCUUCACAGAAAGUUCGACCACCUCCUCCGCCAGCAGACUCUGUGACCAGAAGAGUCACCACCAAUGUAAAACGAGGGGUCUUAUCUCUCAUUGACACUUUGAAACAGAAACGCCCUGUCACAGAAACGCCAUAGCUGCAUAUGUGAAAGGAUUCUGUCAUAUUUACUGGAGAUUGAAUGGCUACACUAAAGAAGAGGAGCUGAUCUCUGGCCUUCCAUUCAGUUGCGGAUGCUUUGUCUUCAGAGAUUUAUCCUUAACCAGUGUUAGACAAGCAUGUUCUCUCGUCUUGCCACCAUCGUGUGAUAUGAAAAGAAGCAUGACUAAUUUUUUUGCUGUCAGUAAGUUACAUCAUGAGCAGUGGAAGGUCCCUUUCUUAUUGUAAAUAUUGUGAACAUUAUGUAACUUCACACACACAGGGAAGAAUGUGGCCACCCCCUCCCAGUGAAGAAGCUGAGUCCUUGGAGUGAAUGACGCCUGAGUUAGUUUCAUUGUCUUCUUGACUGGAUCUGUCAUAGGCAACUUUUAGUCCUAUAGCACUUUGCCCUGUUUUCAACAUUGGAGUAGACGCUGCAUACCAGAUACAACUGAAUUGCUGUAAAAACAGGAUGAGUUUUUUGUUUUAGUUUUUCAUAAGAUCGGACCUUUGGUUGACAAAAUUGGCUGUUGGCAUCAGUAUAGAAACUUCCUUGACGAGCUCUUUGACACGUCAUGUGUCACCAUUUCAUGUCUACAGCUGUUUGUGAAAUGUUGGGAAAAAAGUGAAGCUUCAAAAUUGAAAAACUAAAUUUCAGAAAUUAAAAUCGAACAAAAAUAGCCUUUCUGUUCAGAUGGUUUUCAAACUGAUUAUUAAGAAAAAGAAAGAGAUUAACAAAAUCAUCAUGCAUUUUGGGUGGGACAUAUUUCAAACUUCUGCCUUAUACUGUACAGUGCAGCUAGAGAAUUACAGUUCACUAUGGCCAUUCUCUACAUAAACAACAUUAAAAUGAAAUAUUCCUCAUAAGCCUUUCAUCCUUAGUUUGAUAAUUAGCCAAUAUGCAAUUUGGAGUUGAGGAAAUGUCAUUUAUAUUUUAGAUCUCCACCACCACACUGUUUUCCGCCUCCUAGGUAAACGUUCUGCUAGGAUUCUGCAUCUAGCUCAAUCUUACCUUAAUGCUUUUUGCCCAGAAAGCUGUCUGUCCAUCAUGUAUUGUCCAUGGCAACAAAUUUCAUUAAAUUGAACCUUUCUAAAUUUAUGUAUUUAAUAUUAAAAUUUCUUGGACUCUAGAUAUAUUUUAAAUUUUAAAUUUUUUCCAUUUAUUUUCAAGAUUUAAAAGUUUCAUAUCAGAGCAAAAUAUACAUAGGAACAAAGGACUAUUUAACAGGUUUCCCAAAAAUAGCACUUUCCUGCUUCUCUAACUAUAGAUGAGACUUAGCUGUAAAGAUACACAGAUUUAGACACUUGUUGAUACUCUUUUAAAAAAGAAGUUGCUAAGAAGCUCAAUCUAAACAUUAGUUUCAUUUACUUUUCAAUGAUAAAAUUCUCAUUUUACAACGUUGUAAAAGUAACGCUUUAUGUUUGUCUACUGCUAUGUACUUGUCAAAAUGGUUUCCACAUUAUCAUCAUAUUUGAGCCUUAUAAGGUAGAGAAGGUACUAAAAACAUUUGAGAAAUAAAAAAUAUGAAUUAAAGAGGCUCAAUCACCCAGUCGAAGAUCUCACGAAAGUUAGUGAGAAAGCCAGAACUAGGACCCAUGCUUCUCAACUCCCAGUUAUCAAGUUAUGCUGCUUCCACACCAGUCAGGAGGAGUCUUUCCAAAAUUGCUCUGGGCAUAUCCAGUUAUUGUCAGGCAAUCUUAGUAUUCCCUAUAUAAGUAGGGAAGUAUGUCCAAAUUACUCACGCAGUGAUAUAAAACCAUUGCCCGAUCUCAGUUUUCCUGCAAUGUGCCUCAAAUGUGUUGUAGGGGACAGGAUUCUACAUGCAGCACAGCCUGUUCAACCCACAAGACUAUCCACAGAUGAUGUUACAUGUGGUAGAAAUAUUCCUCACUCAUGACACUUAGCCACCAGGGAACACGAUAGAAUGAGUAGCUGGCCUCCUGCCUCUGUUCCCUCUGAGAAUUCUGGAAUUGUUUGCUAGCACCCUAGUGUUAUGACAAAAAAGAUGCCACUCUAGAAAUGAAUUUUACUUCUCACCAGCCUAUAUACAUUCUACUAAACUUACCAAUGAUAUCCUAAGAAAUUACUGCAUUAAGAAAAUCCUUACUGUGCCCUUAGAAAAGCUGUUCAAAAUUCAAUCAUGAUGAUCUUACAUCUUGACCUCCACAAUGAAACAUUUUAGUGUGAUAAACUUCAAAAUUCUUAAAAGUGAUCCACUUUUGUAUUGGAAAUCUCUACCAGAACCCCAUUCAUUUUUUUUAAGGCAUACAUUUGUUUUCAGGAUCAAGAAUACUGAGCUAGCUUUAAGUAGGAAACUGAUUUAUAUAUGCAAUUAUAGGAUGCAUUAAGAUGAAUGAUAGCCUUUACAUACUGAAAACUUUACUGCAGAUAUUUUGUUUUAAAAAUAGCUUUGCAUACUAAAUGCAAUUAAUUUUGUAAAAUUAAUUAUGUUAAGCCGUAUGUUCAGACACUUUCUGCCAUGGCCAAAAAGUAUGUAUGAAAGUAUGUGUGUAUUUCCUGUGAAAGGAUGCCAAUGUUUUACCUGAUAUUGUAGUGACUCUUCAGUUAUCUAUGCAUUCUUUGUAUCUGUGAUUUGGUAAACAGGCAGCCAUGUUCACUAUGCCUUGUAUGUCUUAUCAUUUUUUUAAUUAACCUGUUAAAUACAGCUUAAAAUAUUUUUAUUUUA